AUGGCAGCCAAAAGGGGGACCUGGCGAUGUCCAAGGUGUGAUGAUGUGUGUCCUUGCAACAAAUGUGUUCAGAGAAGAAGCAAGGACGGAAGACAGAGACGAGGGAAAAACCAGCCCAGGGAGGGAACCAGUGGAUUCGAGUUUGGUAAGGGAAUUGAAGACCUUCACAUUAGUGGCUCCUCGCAUGCUGAUGACGACUCUACUCCUGGGGUGUCUCACAUCGGAAGAGCUUCAUCGAGCAUUCCUCAAGAUGAUGAAGCAUAUGAAGGCGCUCUCGGCUUGUGCGCUAUCCUAAAGAAGGUCGUGCCUUUGGUGCUAUUUCUGGAUGCGUUCGAGGCACCCCUUGACUCAGCUAUCAUACUAACCUACUACAUUAUUUCUCACUUUCAGGAAGAGGAGGAGGAGGAUUCGCAUUCCCAUUCGCCAUCGGAUUCAAGUGAUGUGCCAACACCUCCACAGCAGCAAAACUCUGGGACCUCUCAAGAUCCGAGACUCCCUGCAUCAGAUGAUCAACCAGCCGUUAAUAGUUCUGACGAGAAAGACGAACACUUAUCUCCCGCUGAGCUGCCAUGGACCCCUCGGAAGAGCAGGUCGGCUUUCAAGCGCGAUUCUUCAGCAGCUAGAUCCAAGGACGUUCUUCAAGAGUGCCAUUCACAAGCCUUUGCUCGAAGAGAAAAAGUGACGGAUGUGCAUGCUGUGCCACAUCAAGUUGAAGAGAACUUGGAACUUCCAUUAAGGCACAAGCUGCCUAGAUACUCUGUUGAUGAGGAGCAGCAACCAACGUUCCUGCAUGACAGCCAUUUGCCAUUUCCUGGGAUUCGUGGAAUGAGUGUAUCAGCUGCUGGUUUGGAGUCUGAUGAGCAUUGUGCAAGUGAAGUCUCCAUUGAGAAGCUGGAGACACUUCGACCUGGUAGCAGCAAGGAGGAUGACGCAACUUCGUCCUUCUCACAAGAUGUACAGGUCAUCCUUCUCACAUGGUGCGGCUUGGAGUAA